AUGGGUUUCAUAUAUAAAGCUAUAGAUAGAGCAAAGUUGGCAAUUAAAAGAGAUUGUCGCUACUACACCGACUAUUGGAAAAUUAUUGAUACUCGAUGGUCUUUUCAAUUGCAUCAAGAUUUGCAUGCGGCUGGAUAUUUUUUAAAUCCUCAAUUCCAAUAUGGUGUUACCUCAUCCAAUGAAAUGAUAAGAGAAGUGAUGGAUGGACUUAAAAAAGUAAUUACCAGACUGGAGCCUAAUAUGGAUGCUCAAGUGAAAGCAACAAAUCAACUGAGUGGUGGAUUAUUCAUGGCAGUUGUGCUCUUGAAUUUCAAAAAAUAGCUGUGAAAGUAUUAAGUCAAACCACCACAUCAUCUCAC